GAACUCCAGCUCUGGAUUAAUGGUGUAUGGGUGAUCUACGCAGAUGGGUUGAUUUUCCGAGAGGAUGAGGCAUCCUAUAUCAAAGGUAUGCAUUUUCAGACAUUUUUUUAUAGGUGCGCGAUUGCUUCCCUUGCUUGUUGUCCAGCAAAUGCAAUUCAUUUCAAAUCAUUGACCAUUGUGAUCAGGACACAAUACCGACUGGGCAUCACCCAAGGAUCAACGUACUUGGUUUCCGACAUCUCUGGAGGUGUCAUUCAUUGA